UCUCUCUCACACACACACACACACACACACACACACACACACUACAAACCACCACAAAAAUGAACCAGCUCCUUCCACUCUACACACACUUCUCAGGUGUGCUGAAACACACCAGUAAUAUUUGCUGUCUUUGGGUGAACAUGGAGAAAAUCAGCUGGAUGUACAGAGUCACUCGUGGGAGAAGACGAACUCUGCAAAACGUCACUCUGCUGCUUGUAAACUCUCUGUGUUUGUUCCUGAUCCAAAAAACGAUUGUGUUGGAAAGUUGUGACAAAAUCACCUCCCAGAAGAAGGUCCACGAUGCCCAGCCCCUGAAAAUGAUGACUCCUUCCUGCGAUAGAAACAUGUCUAUGAAUGAGAUGGAGGGAUUUUUCACUUUUCCAAGUUACAUUCAGGACUUCCUGUAUUACCGUCACUGCCGGAAAUUCCCGGAGCUGCAGACCCUGCCACACAAGUGUGACAUUCCUAAGGGGUCAGGAGAACCCUUUUUCCUGCUGGCUAUCAAAAGCUCUCCGGAGAACUACGAACGUCGGGCGGUGCUGCGCAAAACAUGGGCUGCGGGGAGACUGCAUCAGGGGAUGCUGAUACGCACCAUAUUCCUAAUUGGCACCAGGGGGACUGGCUUCAAGAAGAAACGAUAUAACAAACUCCUAGAACUGGAGAACAAAAAGCAUGCAGACAUCCUUCAGUGGGACUUUAAUGAUAAUUUCUACAACCUGACCCUCAAGCAGGUCCUGUUCCUGGACUGGAUGCAGAACUGGUGUCCCACUGUGGACUUCAUCUUCAGUGGAGACGAUGAUGUUUUUGCCAACACGGACAACAUGGUGGAUUUCUUAAAAGCGCAGGGAGAUAAUGCUGGAAGCAAACAUCUGUUUGUCGGUCAUGUGCUUUAUGAAAGCUCACCGGUCCGGGACGUGACCAGUAAAUACUUUGUCCCAGAACAGAUUGAAAAAGGUGACCUGUAUUCUGCGUACUGCAGCGGAGGUGGCUACUUGUUGUCCCGUUUUACCGCCAUGACCAUUUUUCAAAUGUCCCACUUCAUCACCAUAAUGCCUAUAGAUGAUGCUUACAUUGGCGUUUGUCUGAAACGAGCCGGACUCCAUCCCAUGGACCACCGCGGAUUCUGGGCCGAUGGUCUUGUUAUUCCCUCCAAUCAACUGGAUACUUUGGAUCCCUGUCACUACCGUGAGAUCCUCCUCGGACACAAGUUUCUCCCUGAUCAGAUUUUCCUCCUGUGGAACGAAAUACACCGGAGAGACCUAAAAUGUGGAUUAACAUUGGAUUAUGAUUAAUUUGUAAUGAAGAACUGCAGAUAUAAGAUUUGUUGAUGAUUUAUUUAUUUAUUGUAUACACAGAUCACCCAUGAGACUGGAUGAUCAGGUUAACUCAUAACCGAAACCAUAUGAAGAGCUGAAAUCUUUAUUCUAUGUUAUAGCAGGUUUUGAAUGUUUGCUAAUAAUUUACUUUUUACAAUGUAAAGAUUGGAAAUGAUUGGAACAGCUAUGUGGACAUGAAAUCCCUAAUCGGUGCUCAGUAAUGACACCUUGUUGCUUCACACAACUAAAAUAUCAACUACUAUAUAAAAUCUUCCACUUUUUCUAUUUUUAUUUAGAGUUUUAUUAAUUCGAGGCGGGAAUGAUUCAGCAAAAAUAUCAGACCGCUGUUUAAGUCAGUGACACCUUCUGGAAACAUCAUAAUUGACAAGCCACUCCCUAAAUCGAGAAAAGCACUAAUACACUAUUACUCACAUUCUCACGCCUGGACUAAUGUUUAGAUAAUGUUUCCAAUUCUUGUUCAUAAUUGCUAUGAAAACUCAUUAAACCACUUUUAUGUUUAAGACCCCCUUUGUUCUAAAAAAACAGCUGCUUUGUGUAAAGAUAAAAGAUGAAAACAACACAUCAGAUUUAUUGAUUUUUAAAUACUAUACCUAUAAUUUCUCCACUUUAUGAUUCCUGAUUAUUAUAUCCAGUAUAAUCACAGAUUUGUU